AAUCAACAGCAAUCGAAGAAACCUUUUUGCAAAAUUUGCAAAUCCAAAACGCAAUUUGCUGAACAUCGUCAGCUGAUUGCUGAAUUGGCACUCGCGUUGGGACAAAAGACUGCGCAGUCAAAAUCUUUUGAAAAAGUUUCUCUCCUGGCCGCCCCGGGCCGAAAAUUGCGAAUCCCCGUAAUUUCUCGUACGUGUGCUAAUCAUCUCUUGUGCAAGCGAAAAUCCGGUGGUCGUAGUGUUUAUCUCGUAGAGGCGCAGAGUUUCGCAGGGGGGCAAGAAGAAGGGUUUGCUCUGAUCUCGUCGCGAGACCGCCACGAAUCGCUUUUCGGGGUCCACGAGCGAUACGGGUGCGAUAAGCGUGCUCUCUGGAACGGAAGAAAUAUCGGAAGGGCUGGUCACGGCGGUCAGAAGCAACAAGCGUCUCAGGUGUAAAGGUUCCGGGGUUUCCCCUGCUUUGACCGCGGAACAUUCUUGGUCCGCAAAAGAGCGCAACGACGUCAGCGCGUUUUGUGUUUUGGUUCCGGGAAGGGGCUGCGCGCGCGUGUGUUGCAUGUGGACGGUGGCGGCUGCAGGAUGUCGUACCGUAUCCUUCGCAAGCUGCAGGGCAAUGAGCUCGAGAUAAAGGAGCAGAUCGAUGAGGUGUCGGAUGGUGGCGAUGCCGAUUACGACACCAACAGCACCAGCAGCCAGAACCGCAACAGCAAGAAGCAGCUCAACAUCAAUCGAUACGACCUGCUCAACCAACAACAAUCGCUCUCGGAGAGCGAGGUAAAGGAGGACGAUAACGAUGAGACGGAGAAGGAUGCUGCGGACGGUAGCGUGAGCGUGCACCUGGCCGAGGCGAAGAAGCGCAAGAAGAAAAAGAAGAAGAAGACGGGCAAAUACAUUUCGAGUUCGGCGCGGCGCAGCAGCGAAGACAAUGCGGACAUCGAGGACGAUUUUACGCGCACCGUCAAAGAGGUGGACAAACUGUUUGGCCAUCUGCCGCCCCGCGAUCCGGAUCAUCACCCUCACCACCAUCAUCACCACCAUCACAGGGGUGGAACUAACGAGGGUGGCGUUGGCACGGGAAAACCAUCGGCCGGUUUGGCCGGUCUGGCCGCUAAAUCGUUGCUCAAUGUGCAGCACAAAAACCUGAACCCGCAGUACGAGAUGAAGCGCAUGUUUGGCAGCAAGGUGGUCGGUGAUCCGCAGAACAAACGGCGCAACGUGCGAGGUGGUAGCUCUCGGUUGCUGAAGUCAACGUACUUGGUUAACGCGAAAGAUAACUGGCCACCGGUGGGUAAAUCGGGUAUCUACAUGAACCUGGUACAGGCACCCGAGACGAACAACGGUGGACCCGUACCAUCCUGCUCGAGUGCCGCCGGUCCAAAGGCGGUGUACGAUAAGAACGUGAUCUACUUCGCGUUCGAGCAUAGUCCCGCAUACCGGCAGGUACAGCAGAAGUUUCUUGAUGCAGUCGAAGGUAUGGAUUCGGAGGUCAUUAUCCACAUCAUCAACCAACAUCCGUACCAUGUGGACUCGCUGAUACAGCUGAGCGAGCUGUGCAAGAUGUCAGAGGAUCAUGCGAUGGCAUCGGAACUGAUCGAGCGUGCACUGCUAGCGCUCGAGUCGUCCUUUCACACGAUGUUCAGUCUGACGCAGGGUAACUGCCGGUUGGAUUACCGGCGUCAAGAGAAUCGGGCCCUCUUCAUAACGCUAUUCAAGCACGGUCAACACCUGGAAUCGCGGGCCUGCUCAAGGACUGCGCUCGAGAUUGCCAAGCUGAUAUUGUCGCUCGAUCCGACCAACGACCCGCUGGCAAUGAUACUGAUCGUCGAUUACUAUGCUAUCCGGGCGAAGCAGUACGAGUGGCUGGUCACGCUGUACGAUGAAUGGGAGGCGACGAAUAAUCUAUCCCAGCUGCCCAGUAUGGCCUAUUCCUACGCCAUGGCACUGUUCUAUCUCAACCGACCGGAGGCGGCCGAUCAGGCAUUGCAGUACGCGCUGCUCAUGUUUCCGGGCGUGUUGCGUCCGCUGAUGGAGGAACUUUCUAUUCAGGCGGAUACGCGCGUCGCCGGGCACAACUAUUUCGGGCCCAAUGCAUACCACAAGGCGACGGUGGCACUCCAGCAGCUGAUGUCGCUGUACGUAUGCCGCUCGAAGCUCGUGUGGCGCGAUACGGAUCUGUUGCCAUGGCUCGAGCGGAACGUGCACGUGGUGCUCGAUCGGGUUGACGCGAAGGAAGAGAUUGUCAGCGAGUAUGCGACCAAGCGGAGUCAAAGAUAUGCCAACCCACCCAGGCAGGUGCUGCGUCAUAUCGUGCUGUCGGAUUUCAAGGAAAAGGUACCGUUAGCAGAGUUUAUCAAGCUGGAACGGGAUCCGGUACUGAUGUAUGAUCCACUACCACCACUGGACGCGAUUAACAUCUACAGCAGGCCUACGAUGCCAGCAUCCGAUGUCCAGCUGUCGAAUCAUACGCUCUACCUGUUCCUUCAGUCGCUGCUUCCCAGCUUUCGCGCUCAACAGACAGCACGCCCUCAACAUGCUCAACCGGCUGAUGCCCCAGCAGCUGCUGCAGCAGCAGCAGCACCGGCCGCAGCCCCCGUAAACGUUGUUCCACAACCACCAGCAGGUGAGCAGGCUGCGGGAGCGGCCGUUGCCGAACUCGGUACGGAAGAUGCGGCCACACAACGCGAUCAGCUGGUACGACAGGAGGCUUACUCGAGCUGGAUGUACUCGGUCGUCGGUGCGAUGCGCGAGUUCGUGUCCGGCAUACGGUCGCUAGAGCGCCCGAACGAUGCGGACGUGGACGAGGCAGAAAGCACGGAAGAGGGCGAACCAAACGAUUAUCUGACGUAAGCUGAGUAGUGAAAGGCAAGAUGAAGGAAGGAGAUUUCCAUUUUCUUCCGUGGCAUUACAUGUCAUUGUUGUCGUUGUUGGUUGGUGGUUGGCGCGUCGACGAGUGAUGACGAGUUAAAGGAGGUGAGGGAUUGAUUUGUUCUGUUCAGUUUGGAUAACCAAACCCAAUCAGAACGGAUCGGAAUCUUCUGAUCGGAAGAAAAUCAGUUACGCAUAACGUGACACACACUAAUAAACCUCCUGCUAAACGUGGCAUGCAUAUAGCUUUCCCGGGUUUUUUCGCUCUCAAGCAUGCUGAACGAGAAGGGGGCGGCGUACGAAUGUGUGUCUGUAUGUGUGUGUGUGUAUAAGCUUAGCUUUCUAGCGGUGCACUCCCGCCAUACCGCCCGGCACAUUGAAUAGUUCUAUCAUUCUCGCAGCUUUGCCGGUUCUAACCAAUACGCUUCUGAGUGCUACUAAGCCGUGCGUAUUUUGUCUAUCCGUUGUAUUUUAUAACCUUUUUCUUUUCUGGUGUUGGAACUGAAUUGUACAUCCCCCGGUCCGUCACUAGCUUGAUCAUGCGGUCUGGAGGAUGUAAGUUAGAUAUUUUUAUACCUACAUGGAAAGGGAAAGCGGUUUUGUAAACGCUUCCACGACGCAAUUAUAAGUAACCAGAGCCAGUUUGGUCAGAUCUUUGUGUAAGAGUUAAAAAUUUGCCUUUCUGUGUGUGAGUCCGCAUCAUAAGCGGUCACAUCAUAUGCGAUUUCCGCUGCAGUAUCUGUGUUCUAUAUAUAUAAUUAUAUGUGAGUGUGUGUUAACAAUAGUUUUUACUUUCCCUGCUCAUAGGUAAUACCAGUUCUGGGAGCUCGGUACCGCCGCAGCUUCUGGCAGGUAAACUAAAGAAAGCUUCAAUAUUUCCCAUUGUCGUCACUCAAUCAAGCCUACGUGAGAUGUACUACUAAGAUACUCGUUUUUAAAACAAGACACGGGCAGUUUAAUAACUUUUUUCUCUUCAUUCGCUCCGAUACAAUUAAAAUAAAGCAACAAAACGUAAUGGUUAUAUCUGUUAUAAUGUGGAGAACAGUACCGUAAAAAAGGUGAUUACUAUCAACACAGCGAGGUGGCAAGGGAGAAGAGUUUGGUGAUCAGGAGCGUAGCCAGCAAUGAUGGAAAACAAGUCACCUCGAGUGUUGUAGGACAUUUGAAUGUUCAGCCCGUCUCUGAUAAAACGGUACCAAUAUAUAGAACACAUGCGCUGAUUAGAAGUAUGAUCCGAGGAAACUGAUGCUGUGUACGGCCAGUUGAGAUAAUGUUACGCGUUGUGCAAAGCAUCAUACAAGAUGUCACAGGUGCACUGAAACCAUUCUAAUCAAUCGAACGUUUUUUGAAGCAAACCCUUUUAUAAUGUACUAAGGUCCCCAAAUCGCCAAAGCAGCAUAAGGAAGAGAUAGCUUUGGAACGGACAGAAAUAAGCGAGAAAUGAGGAAGAAUCGUAAGACAGAAAACUAAACAAUACUAUGCUAAAGGAAGGUUUAAUAAAACACCUACAAAUGUAUGAUGCACGUAAUAAGCGGUAAAAGUUUAUGAAACUUUAUUGUGCUACUCUAUAGCCAGUAUAUCGUACGGCAUGAGGCAUGAGGAAUGCGGUGAGCGAGGGAAUGGAGAAAGCCAACCUGGUUUCGAGCUAGUCGAACUGGCAGGCCCGCGGUCUGGUGAACAAUACAUACACGUUGCAUAGUAACCUCCCUUUGAGCUGAGCUGUUGAGCGCCUAGUUACGGUAUAAUUCAUCUUCCUCACCUUCAACAGAAGGAUAUCAUCGGAUAGAGUAGGCCGAGUUAAAUGAGCGCGCGAUGUGUGAUGUUGAUCGCAAAUCGCAAACAUACCAGAGACAGAUACGUACACAUACAGCCACACCCACACACACACCUCUUUAUUGCAACAACAAUUGAUAUAAAUGUUUAACUACUGUGUGAUUUCGUGUCAGAUCAGACAUUCAAACAAACAAACAAACAAGCAAACGAAAUCGAGCAUAAUAAACUUGCAUUCAGACACACAUACCAAUGCCACGCGGUCUCUCU